GAGCCUGGGCUGGAGCAGGAGCCCUCAACUCCAGGACCAGCGGCCCCCCGGAGUUGCUGGGGUUUGGGAUGGUGGCGGGAGAAGCUGAGAUGUGACUCCCCUCCCCGCUGACAUUGCCUGCCUCUGCCAACAACAGCCCACACCGGCCAGCGAACACUUGUCUGGAUCUUCUGGAGAAAGGAGCCGCCACUAGGCGCUCGCAAAGCCCGGCAGAAGUUAGGCUGCCUGGGCAGCUGUGAAGCAGCUGCCUGAGAAGGAUGGGCUAAGAGACAGAGGGAGCAGAGAUAAGGAAAGGGGGGUCUUGGCUUGGGCUAGGGGUGGGGAGAGAGAAGUAGAGUCCCUCCACGCUCUUUCCCAGAGCUCGGGCGCGGGGCAGAGGGGAGAAAUGCUGAGCCCGCGUCGGGGCUCCUGCCUCCGCGGCAGCAUCUUCAGCAGCAGCCUCAGCCUCAGCACCGGCGGGACAGCGACAGCGGGGGCGGCGCAGGCGCACUGUGCCCGGCGGAGCCUGCAGUUCCCCAGCCCCGUGUGCGGCACCGCCACAGUCUGGGCAGCGGCGGCCGGGGGAGCGUUACUACCAUGAACUGCCUGGUCCUCCUCCCCAGAGCUGCUCAUCCGGGUCGGGCUGGAGACACAGUCAGGGGACCCCGCCGCCGCCGCCGCGCCCCCUUUUCUUUCGACUUCAUCUCCACCACCUUUUCCUCCUCUUCUUCCACCUUUUCUUCCUGCUUCCCCCCCUCCCCCGCCGCGGAUCCUGGCCGCUGCUCUCCAGACCCAGGAUGCCGGGGGGCAAGAGAGGGCUGGUGGCGCCGCAGAACACAUUUUUGGAGAACAUCGUCAGGCGCUCCAGUGAAUCAAGUUUCUUACUGGGAAAUGCCCAAAUUGUGGACUGGCCUGUAGUUUAUAGUAAUGACGGUUUUUGUAAACUCUCUGGGUAUCACCGAGCUGAUGUAAUGCAGAAAAGCAGCACUUGCAGUUUUAUGUAUGGAGAACUGACUGACAAGAAGACCAUUGAGAAAGUCAGGCAGACGUUUGACAACUACGAGUCAAACUGCUUUGAAGUUCUUCUGUACAAAAAAAACCGAACCCCUGUUUGGUUUUACAUGCAAAUCGCACCAAUAAGGAACGAACAUGAGAAGGUGGUGUUGUUCCUGUGUACCUUCAAGGACAUCACACUGUUCAAGCAGCCCAUAGAGGAUGACUCAACGAAAGGUUGGACAAAAUUUGCCCGGUUGACGCGGGCUUUGACAAAUAGUCGGAGUGUUUUACAGCAGCUUACACCAAUGAAUAAAACAGAGACAGUCCACAAGCAUUCACGACUGGCUGAAGUUCUUCAGCUGGGGUCAGACAUCCUUCCUCAGUACAAGCAAGAAGCGCCAAAGACGCCACCACACAUCAUUUUACACUAUUGUGCUUUUAAAACUACCUGGGACUGGGUGAUUUUAAUUCUUACCUUCUACACCGCCAUCAUGGUCCCUUACAACGUUUCUUUCAAAACCAAGCAGAACAAUAUAGCCUGGCUGGUGCUGGACAGCGUGGUGGACGUGAUUUUCCUGGUUGACAUCGUUUUAAAUUUUCACACAACUUUUGUGGGGCCGGGUGGAGAGGUCAUUUCUGACCCUAAGCUCAUACGGAUGAACUAUCUGAAAACUUGGUUUGUGAUUGACCUGUUGUCCUGUUUACCUUAUGACAUCAUCAAUGCCUUCGAGAACGUGGACGAGGGAAUCAGCAGUCUCUUCAGUUCUUUAAAAGUGGUCCGCCUCUUGCGCCUGGGCCGCGUUGCUAGGAAACUGGACCACUACCUGGAAUAUGGAGCGGCGGUCCUUGUGCUCCUGGUGUGUGUGUUUGGACUGGUUGCUCACUGGCUGGCCUGCAUCUGGUACAGCAUCGGAGACUAUGAAGUCAUUGAUGAAGUCACCAACACCAUUCAAAUAGACAGCUGGCUCUACCAGUUGGCCUUGAGCAUUGGGACUCCAUAUCGCUACAACACUAGUGCAGGGAUCUGGGAAGGAGGGCCCAGCAAAGACUCCCUGUAUGUCUCCUCCCUCUACUUCACCAUGACGAGCCUUACCACCAUAGGAUUUGGAAAUAUAGCUCCAACCACAGACGUGGAGAAGAUGUUCUCAGUGGCCAUGAUGAUGGUUGGCUCUCUUCUUUAUGCAACUAUUUUUGGAAACGUCACCACAAUUUUCCAGCAAAUGUAUGCCAACACCAACCGUUACCACGAGAUGCUGAACAAUGUUCGAGAUUUCCUGAAACUGUAUCAGGUUCCGAAAGGCCUUAGUGAACGCGUCAUGGAUUACAUCGUCUCAACGUGGUCAAUGUCAAAGGGCAUCGACACGGAGAAGGUUCUCUCCAUCUGUCCCAAGGACAUGAGAGCUGACAUCUGUGUGCAUCUGAACCGGAAGGUUUUUAAUGAACAUCCCGCAUUUCGAUUGGCCAGUGAUGGAUGUCUGCGUGCCUUGGCAGUGGAGUUCCAGACCAUUCACUGUGCCCCUGGGGACCUGAUUUACCACGCUGGAGAGAGUGUGGAUGCCCUAUGCUUUGUGGUGUCAGGGUCCUUGGAAGUUAUCCAGGAUGACGAGGUGGUGGCCAUUUUAGGGAAAGGUGAUGUGUUCGGAGACAUCUUCUGGAAGGAAACCACCCUUGCUCAUGCGUGUGCCAACGUCCGGGCCCUGACUUACUGUGAUCUGCACAUCAUCAAGAGAGAAGCCCUGCUCAAGGUCCUUGACUUCUAUACAGCAUUUGCAAACUCAUUUUCAAGGAAUCUCACUCUCACUUGCAAUCUAAGGAAGCGGAUCAUCUUCCGUAAAAUCAGUGAUGUGAAGAAGGAGGAGGAAGAGAGGCUGCGGCAGAAAAACGAGGUGACUCUCAGCAUCCCUGUGGACCACCCGGUGAGGAAGCUCUUCCAGAAGUUCAAACAGCAGAAGGAACUAAGGAACCAGGGCUCAGCGCAAAGUGACCCUGAGAGGAGCCAGGUCCAGGUAGAGAGCCGCCCUUUGCAGAAUGGAGCCUCUAUCACAGGUACCAGCGUGGUUACCGUGUCACAGAUCACCCCCAUCCAGACGUCUCUGGCCUACGUGAAAACCAACGAGUCUCUUAAGCAGAACAACCGAGAUGCCAUGGAACUGAAGCCCAAUGGUGGUGCUGAACAAAAAUGUCUCAAAGUCAACAGCCCCAUCAGAAUGAAAAACGGGAAUGGAAAAGGGUGGCUGAGACUGAAGAACAACGUGGCGGCUCACGAGGAGAAGAAGGAAGACUGGAAUAAUGUCACCAAAGCUGAGUCGAUGGGACUGUUGUCGGAGGACCCCAAGGGCAGCGACUCAGAGAACAGUGUGACCAAAAACCCCCUGAGGAAAACAGAUUCUUGUGACAGCGGGAUUACAAAAAGUGACCUUCGUUUGGAUAAAGCCGGUGAGGCCCGAAGCCCUCUAGAACACAGUCCCAUCCAGGCUGAUGCCAAGCACCCUUUCUACCCCAUCCCCGAGCAGGCCUUACAGACCACACUGCAGGAAGUGAAGCAUGAACUCAAAGAGGACAUCCAGCUGCUGAGCUGCAGGAUGACCGCCCUGGAAAAACAGGUGGCGGAAAUUUUAAAACUACUCUCAGAGAAAAGUGUACCCCAGGCAUCUUCUCCAAAACCCCAAAUUCCACUCCAAGUACCUCCCCAAAUACCAUGUCAGGAUAUUUUUAGUGUCUCAAGGCCUGAGUCACCAGAAUCUGACAAAGAUGAAAUCAACUUUUAAUAUAUAUAUAUAUAUACAUAUAUAUUUGUUAAUAUAUUUAAAAUAGUAUAUACAUCUAUAUACAUAUGUGUGUAUAUAUAGUAUAUACAUAUAUAUUUUCACUUGCUUUCAAUAUGAUGAACACAAUAUGGAUUUUGAUAUGUACAUACUGCAUGUCCAGCUGGAUUCUGGCCUGCCAAAGACGAUUAUUCAAAACCUAGAUAUUGCUUGUACAUUAUGAAGUUGACUGCAUGCACACUUUACAUGUAUUUAUAAUCUCUAUUCUGUAAUAAAAAAAAGUAUGAAUUUUGUUAACUAAGGCAAUGUAAUCUUCGAAGAAUCAGGGUCCAACCUGCCAAUGUGGCCAUGACAAACUUGAUCUCAGGCUGAGUAUAUCGAACUGUCAUUUCUUCACUAUUCUGUUUAGUUAAAAUUUAUAGAUUAAUGUCAAGGGAGAGCUCAGCUUCUGAAGCUGCCAGACCAUUUUAUGAUCUCAUGCCAUAGGGUAUUUUUCUGUAACUUACGGUUAGGUUCUUUUUCCCUACAGGCAAUGUUUGCUCCGUGAAAUGACUGUUUCGUUGCCUACAUCUGAUGCCAGUGUCGGAUACUGAGAAUUUAUUGCUAUGGGUUUUGUGCAUGAAUUGCAUUUCCACUCAAUGGUACCUCUCCUUUUUAGCGUUGUAGUAGAUAGUAAUCAUUAGCUCUUAUGUAAAGAAUUCCCUGGUCUCUCCGUCUUGGAGAACAACUGUCAUCUUGGGAGCUGACAUUAUCAACACCGUAAAUACUCAAUUGUUAAUAUAGUGUAUAUUAUUAUAGAAACACUGCACCCCAGGGUACCAGGGCCUCUUAGCAACAUCUUAGAUAUGCCGAUUGUCCAAAGGCGAUGAUUGUUCUACAUUUGUAUUUCCAAAGCUGGUUCAAAGCGGGAUGUUGAAAGGCUCUUAGCAAAGAAAUGUAUCAAAAGUGUAACUGGUUAAUGAUGCAAUUUUUAAAAGAACAUAAGCAAUUAGGCACAUUUUAAUUGCCCAUCUGUGACUUAGAAAGAACGAAAUAUAGGUACAGAAAUGCUGACACAUGAUUUUAUUGCUUAUAGAGGUAACAUAUGAAAUGUGGUUGGCUUAUAAAAUAACCAACCUAGAAGGAAAUGUUAAAGUUGCUUUAUUAAGAGAACUGCUUUUCUAUAACUUUACUCUGGAUACAAUUUCCCUAAGCUCUUCAUCACACAGUUGCACUGCAGGCCUUCUGUUGAGUUGAUACAAUAGACCACUUUGGCUCAGGCAGAUCCACUUACAAAAGGCUUAUGAGGCUGAAUGUCAUAGUCUUUUGGGUAACAAUUCCUCUUCUGAGAAAGUGCCUAUUAUCAGUCGAAAGAGAUGUCACAACAUUGCACAGUCUGUAUUUAGGUCCUCAGAUGAUAAACACUCCGAAUGAAACGCAUACCUUAUUUGAGAACCCAUGGAAGCUGUUUCUUAUGGCUCUAGCAUAUUUUCUGGAGUUCUUCCUGGGGAUGUGGUUUUCAGUUGGCACAGGCAUAAGAUUUAAUAACGAGAGUAAGGAAGCUAGUGUUUGCAUUAACCUGAAAAUAUAUGUCAAUCACUCAUAUAUGGCUAGACUACUAAUAUGUAGAAUGUAUAUAUAUAUAUAUAUACAUAUAUAUAUAGAUAUACAUAUAUAUAUAUAUAUAUCUCCACAGGUGAAUAUGCAAAAAUGGUGACAAAAUUCAAGAAAAUAUUUUGCUCUUUUAUAUGCAGUUUUAAGCGCUUUUGUAUCUUCUAGUCUCUUGAAAAUUAUAGGAAGAAGAGUUACCACAGUCAUACUGGAGAAGUACGAAACAGUGAUACUCUUUAAGUUCUUCACAGGUCCCAAAGAUGUGUCCCUUUGUUCUAGGACUCUUGGAAUACGUGUCACGCACCAUGGGUUACAGUUGCCUCCCUCUCCAUUUCUCAGAAUGGACAUUUCCAGGGUCAUAUAUCUCCAUGCUCUGAGGAGAUGCCUAACUACCACAGGCAAAAGGAAAUGAAAUAGUUAUAGCAUCAGCCUUAGACUUGAGGUUUGGGGGUGUGUUUGUUUUAGCUAUCGUGCUGUAAAAGAUGCCUCGUCCUUGGUUUCUGUGAUGUACUGGGUUACUCAAUUUGUCAAGUAUGACAAAUACCUUUGAAGAUGAAUGAGUGAUAAAAAAAAAUGUGAAUACAGAAACCAGUGUUCUGGCUUUAGCCACAUUUAAAACUAACAGUUGGUCUAAAGCUGUCAGAUGGUCACUGGAACAGAAGCUGGUUUCAAGUGUAGUGCGUGUCCUUUCAAACCUUUGCCAGAAUGUGACACUGGCUCAGAGUUCUAGCUAACGACCUACGACUUUAGCCAUAAUGAGAUUUCUAUCUAAACACUCGUUCCAAUAGGUGGGGGGUGACAACCAUAAUGGUCUGGGACUGUGCCAGGCCUUCAAUGGGGAGGAAAAGCAUCGGCGGUUUGUUUUUCGGGGCAGUUCCCACACUAUUCUUUUCCAGACCCCUGCCUCUGAGCGAUGGCACACCUGUGGGGCUGCAGGCACUCUGCACACAUUCAGCAAACACUGUAUAUAGUCUUAGGUUUCCAGAUUUUAAAAUCCUUCGCAGUAGAAUUUAGUCAGAUUUUAAUGAAGGGUGAACACUUGCUUGCACACAUGUGGUAAUGAUGCAAUCACAUCUGUGUGGCCUCAACCAACACACAGUGCAGGCUCUAUGGGAGACCAGAUGACUGCAUGUUUUAUUCCUACACUGUCUAGGUGCAAUUGAUGCAUCCAGAAUAUUUUUUUUAGUAUUAUACUUCUGAACAACAUACUAAUAGGACUAAGUGAAUACGUAUUUGAAAUGCAAACAUUUUGCAAAGCAACCUUUACACCUUUAAUUCUCUUAUGAUGGUAUGAAUACAUACAGUCAGACACUGUAUUCCUGACAGGUGGUUGUGAUGGGAUAGUGAAAGUCAAAUGCAAACACAAUUGUGAUCUUUGCAUCAAAGCAGGAAGGAUUGCUAACCUGUCUCAAAUAGUGUCACACCCAAUGUGCUCUAGAACACAGAAGGACUUACAGUAAAAGGCAAAUAGAAACCCAUCAGGUAGAAAACAAUGGGCAAAGCUCACUGGUGUAUCUCUUUUACACAAAUGACCUUAAAAUAGUUCAGGGUUAUUCUUGGAAUUCACAUCCGAACUUCAUUCUUUAAAGGAAACUUUUCUUUACAAUCCUGGUUACACCUCACCGGGCAUACAAGGCUACAAAAGCUCUAAAUUCCCUAUAACUUUACAUAGGCAGAAGGACAGAGGAUGUGAGAAUGCAAGAUUUUAAAUGGAUCCUAGAACAAAUAUCAACUCAGUAAUACCCAGUAUUUUAAUGGGAAUUUUAAUUAUAACAGCAAACCAAAGUGUCAUUUUGAGAAUUAAGCCAACCGGAAUGCAAAUACAAGUCUUAGAGAAUUUAAGGAGUUGCUAUUUCUCUGUGAGACCCAGAAAACUUUGGAAUUCUUUUGGGGGAAAAAAACUGUUUUUUAAGUAGUCUUCAAAGAAGUGACUGGAAUUGUAUAGCAGCAGCUGAUCCUUGUGAAUUGUACUUUAUUUUUUUUUGAGAUUAUAACUUAAUUAACAAUAUUUUUCACUUCCCUUCCCUUCCUUCAAACCCUUCCAGAUGUCCUUCCUUGUUCUGCAAAUUCAUGGCUUCUUUUUUUUUUUCCUGGUAAUUGUUAUUGGUGAAUCUUUUUACCUUGUACAAUUUCUCUUUUUUAAGCUAUUUUCUCUGAGUUUUUAUUUUUCCCUAAAGUUUCAUGUAGACAAUGAGAAAAUUUAUCUGGAGCCACCACACACAGAUACCUCCAAAAUGAAUAUUUUCUUGGGUGAAUGUUGAGCUUUGAUAUCUUUAUUAGAUGUGAGUAUUGCUCCCAGGAAUCUGUUGAAUGGGAAGAGAAGAAAUUAUGUUUAGAUUUUACAUGUCCUAGGAUGAGCAUUGGGUGCCUUCCUGGAUUCUGACUCCAGGUGUUAUCAGUCUAGCAGAAACUGCGCAGUCAUCUAUCAUUAAUGUGUUUCUAUCUCAGUUUUCCAAACAACAAAUCCUAAAGCAAAGACCUAAACUACUCCCCUCUUACAUCAAGCUGCUGUUAGGUCAGGGGAAAGUGGCUUAUUCAUAGGAAAAUCACAUUAGCUGUUUCAAGAGCACUGACACCUGCUCAUGUGUCCUUGGCAACAGUGUUUUGAUAGAAAAAUUGAUGGCAUAGUUACUAUUGGUAAUUCAAGGAGGCAACAUACAACAUAGUAACAUUUGAUUUUUGAAGAUAAGGUUCAAUUUGUUAAUGUUUUAUUAUUUGGCGGAGAAGCCUUUGUCCUUGGGCUCCACACAGAGUCUUUUGUUAUGUUUGCUGUGAUGGUCCGAGGUAAGAAAAUAACCAGAGCACUAAACACAAAGGGGACAUUAUUUUUGCACCAGAAAAAACAUUUAUGUUUAGGUCUCUCACUGGAUUUUGCUAGGAUUCUUACCAAACUGCAACUUAAAAAUGAUUUCCAAUUAAGACUAUUUUGAAAAUGUACAUAGUUGGAAGCAUUGAAAGAAAAAAAAGAUUAGCUUUAAGUGUUUUUUAAAAGAUUAAGACUUAGAGUCAAAGGGGGUUAAGGGAUGGUCCAUCAUUGGUCCCUACUUUUUAAUACCCACUGUAAUAUUCUAUUUAUUUGCUAAGCUAUUAGUAAUAUUUUUAUCCACCAUGUUAGGCCUGUGGCAUUACAACUAACAUUUGCUUUAUAUGCAAAUAAAUAUUUUCAGCCAAUUUGCUCUGAGUGCAAACUUCUGCUUUAUAGCCUUAAUGCUUUAUCAGCUUCUAUAAAAAACAAAACAAAACAAAAUGAAACAAAGAACCAUUAUGAAAGUGAUGUGGCAGACACUACUUUUUAGAGCUGAUAAAAAGUGCUCUAACCCUACGGAAAAUAUUCUUAUUCUGGACCAGAGAGAAGAAAGCAAGAGCUAAAGUUCAUCAGGGUCACACAAUCAAGAAACUAAUGGAAACUUAAGUACUAAAUAAGUUACUAAUGCCAGGCUACGCGCAUGUGUGACAAUCCAGAUCAGGAUUUGCAUAUCCACGUUUGGGAGAAAUGGACAAAGAGAUGCAUGUUGGCGGCUGACACCUGGAUGCCUGUAGAAUUUUAUCAGGCUUGUUGGGCAAGCUCUAGUCUACACCAGUGAGUGUGUCCACAUUUAGAAUGACAGUUCUUUGCUUUGCUCUUGUGCUGUGAUUAGUUUUACACACUUUUUUCCCUUUUCUGUAAAUGUACACGCUGCCUUCUCAGUGAGAAGGUUACAUAAGUCUAGAUUUGAUACUAGUUGAAAAAACAAUACAAAACAAAGCAAAAAAAAAAAAAAAAAACUCCAAGAAAUUGACACGGAACAAUAACAGAGCAGAGGAAAACAUUACUGCACCUUUUCUGUAGUUAUAAUAUCUUUUCCUGACUGGCACACUCCCCUGAAAAGGAAGAGAACAACUGUAUAUGCGUUCUAAAUAUUAAACAGGUUUUGGACACUUGGAUAACAUCUAUUAUUGCACUUUCCCCAGCUGUAAGAACUGAACAAGAAAUAAAGUCAGAUGCCGCAGUCCUGCACAGAUUCUUCUUUACUCUUCUAAGCAAAGGAAUUCAUCCAUGAGCUGGUUCGAGUCCCCUUAAGUAAACUGUGGAAAAUGCAGUUUUAACAAUGAAGUUCCAGUCACCCUUCUUCGACAGCUGGGUGUUCUCGAUUUUCGUGUCUCUCUAUUGUAAAGUUUAGAUCUUCAGUAAAAUAUUCUUCCCAAGUUUUAUGUGUUUUGAGAUAUUUAUCAUCCUUAAUUUUAAUGAUAACCAGUGGUUGAGUUCUUUUUACUAGCCACCAUCCCCCCUUUUUCCCUAAAAUAUCAAAUUAACUUUUCCCACAUUUAUAGAUUUUUUUUAAUCCCCUGGACUUAACUCAGUUUUUCUCUUUAAGUAUAUUUCUAGAAUGAAAUACUUAGAGAUGCUAAGUCAAAUGACUUUCAAUAUUAAGACAAAAUGCUUUCUCUAAAUUUUAAAUAUUUUAAAUAACAAAUUAAUUAAUUGAAUACUGAUACUUAAUUGUCUUCAAUACAUCAAUGUGUUAAGCAGUGCCUAUGUAAAUUAUGAUUAAUAGCUUUAAUUUUCAAAGUAUUUUAUGCCCAAUAGAUGCUUCCUCAGCCAUCUGAGAAUGGUGAUGUCCAAAAAUCCUGAAAAAAGAUGGAUUUCUGCUACACUAUCACCCACAGUAUUGUCUUUUAUACCUCAAACACACUCAGGAAAGCAAACACACACACAUACACACACACAUACAAACAUAGGGCCUCUCCUUAUACUGAGAGUAAGUCACCUAAAAUUCUUUAAUUAUCAUUAAAGGUUUUAAAAUUGAUUAAACUCAAUAGUGAAGUUUGGAGUGUUUGCAAAAUUUUGGGGGUAAAGAGAGAAUUAAUUAUUCCAUACUUGUUUACAUGGCAAUAGAAGGUGUGGUUUGUUCUAGAUUCUCAUUAAAAUGCUGAGUCAUGUUAUAUAGGGAAGAGACUCAGGUUGUUUUUCUUUCUUUUUUUUUUUUUUGUUUUUUGUUUUUAAAUACCUACCACACUUGACAAAUGUCCUGAGAGUACUAGUCUGUAUUCUAACUUAAAUUUUUCUGUUUCUUGCUUAAUACAAGGCUAGGGCAUUUGAAUGCUUUGUGCAGGUCAGGACCACUGAGGAUUUAGAAAAUGAACCAGAGAUGGUGCAGGCUAGCUGAAAGUAGUCAAAUCUGUUUGGCUCGCCCAUCCCUCUUAGAUAUAAAAGUAAGCAAAUGUUAAUUAGGCCCAUUUUUUUUUUGAGUGCUCACUGUACUAAGCAAUGUAUUUAAAUAAUUGUAUUUAAUUCUGCAGCACUCCUCUGAGGGAGUAAAUUAAGGAACUUGAAUAGGAUUGCCAUAGCUAAUUAAUAACCACUAAAUCAGGAAAGCUGAGAUGUUAACACAAGCAGUUGAAUGGACCUUAGAGAAAAAGGGUCAUAAGGAUGGGGCUCUUGAAGCAUGAAUUCCAAUUUUUUUUAGGACAUAUACGUGCAAAGACUCCCCAAAUCAAAAUAACUUUUAAAAGUACACCCUGAGAUGGAAAUGCUUGUCUUUCAUGGUGGCCAGAGUAAAUGAAGAGGUUUAUACAGUAGCCAUUGGGAGUAAAGUGUAGCAUGAGCCAACAACUGAAUUUGCCUUCCCUUCUCCCAACACUUGAGAGGCAGCAAUGGGGAAACUGGGAAGUAUAGUCAUAAGUAAAAGGCAAAUGAAACACAUUACAGGCAUUUUAUAUUUAAUAUUCUUCCAGUUGAAUUUUCACCUAAGAGGUAAAUUAAAUUAAAAAAAGCAAUAAGUGUUUAAGAUUUAUGUUUUUCUGUAGUUCACUUUCAUUUUUAAUAUUGGAAUUUGUAAGACAUCAGAGGGCUUUAUUUAGAAAAUUUGUCAGGGCGGGGGGAGGUGUACUCAUUGGAUUUUAAAUAGUGUUUUCAGGUCUUUUUAUUGAUUACACUGAUGGUCGUUUCUUGCCAAACCACUAUUAAAGACAUCUUCCAAAAGAGCUAUUUCUAUUUAGAAUGGACUCUUGUGUGUUCUCAUGCCUCAAAUUUAAUACAUUUGCUGUACAUAUACUUGCUUUUAAGAAAGUAAAUAAUUUUCUCUUAUGAAAAAGGUUAACAUCUAAAAUGUGAUUUUGCUGUUGUUGUUUUCCUAUCUUUUGAGAUGUUUGAAGAAAGUGUCUCGAGAAAACAAAACAGAGUUAUGAUGUCACUACCUUGCAGUCUGGAGUCUCAAUCCAGACGACCUUGUGAGUGACAGGAGGCAGAGGGAACUGUGAACAGCACACAGCUCUGUGUCUCACUGGGAGGACCUCUGGGGCGCUUUCUGGUUAGGCCACUUUCUUCCUGGGCAUUCUCACUUGAAUGAGUCUCUAAAUGUUCUCUGUAACCUGUGCUAAUUGUGGCAUUUGUUCACAGAACACACCCAGAAAGCUACGGGGGAUUAGGGAGUUGCUUCCUCCAUGAUGUCUCCUUGUGUGAUAUCUUAACAGUUUGUGUUUGAGUAAUUUUAAAAUUACUUAGUUACAACCAUAGUUUUGAUUUUAACAAAACAUGAUGAACUAGUUUGAAAAGUUGGCAAUUAUUUGGUACUUCUAAUACGAGAGUAUGCUUUUUUACCUACUUCCAAGUUUUUGAUUUUGACUCCAAACCUGAAAUCUAGGUCUCUGCUUGGGUAGUUGGCAUGCAUCUUGAUUAGAUGGUUUCCAGAGGACUGGCAUUUAUGCAGAAUCACUGGCCGAGGAAAGACCAGCACAGACAAGGACGAACAAACAAACAAAAAAUAAUAAUCCCAACCAGCCAACCAACCAACCAACCAACCAAAACAAAACAAAACAAAACAAAACAAUACAAAACAAAACAAAAAAACCCUCAAUGCCGGAGUAAACCCGACUGAAUAAGUACACUUAAUAGCUGAGGCAAAUACCAGUCAAAUAUUGUAUCGUUAUUCUCAGCUAAAUUGUCUUUGACGGUGUAAUGUAAAAUUGAUCCCCCUCUUCCCAUGGUAGGAUGCUUCACCUAGUAAAGGAAAUUGAACAGUGUCAGAAGCUGCAUAAGGGUCUGAGUUGGUUGCAGACUUUCCAACCAAACGUUAUGAAAAUAUUCCUGCUGGAGAGGUGGCUCAGAGGUUAAGAACACUGGCUGUUUUUCCAAAGGUUCUGAGUUCAAUUCCCAACAACCACAUGGUGGCUCACAGCUAUCUACGAUGAGAGCUGGUGCCCUCUUCUGGUUCUCAAGCACACAUGCAGGCAGAAUGCUGUAGAAAUAAUAAAUAAAUAAAAUUUAAAGAAAGAAAAUAUUAAAAAAAAAAAAAAGAAAAUAUUCCUGAUAAGAGCACAGUGGCUUGAGAAGGAAGAUGAGCUAGUCGGCAAACUAUGCACUUUGGCAUAAUGAAUCUUUUCUAGCUCUGUGUCGAAGUGUGACGGAAUCGACUCUAUUAUACCGGUCUGUUAUAUGUCGAACGUGUGUACCGUUAAAUAAAAUGUGAAUGUGCUUUACGUGGAAAUCGAUUAUUUAAUGCAUUUCAUUUUAGAGAAGUUAGUGGCCGCUCAUUCCCCCAGGGCUCAUAAAAAGGACCGCUUUUUAUGAGCCCUGGGGGAAUGUUUCAUUCUGAGUCUCAGCACCGUCAUUAUGAUGUUACAUUGGCCGACUGUUUACGGUGGAUUCAUUGGCACCCUCGGUCACAGAGAGAGGAAGGGAAAACAUAUACUUCACUUAAGAAACCAACUUCACCCAUCAUUAUCAUAAUUCCUAUUUUUCCCUAGUGAAAGGGUUAGCGUAAGUUGGACACUAAGUUAGACCCAGUCUAUCUCAAACCCACAUGUUGUGGUAAAAACAGCUAGCAGCUGUUUCCUGUUGUUUGUUGAGACAGCAGUGGCUUCAGGAAAUGCUUGGUACUCAGACAACACUAUUGAAUUAUGCAUAUCUGUGAUAUAAUGAGAAUUAUAUAUUUCUUUUCACUGUAUGGUCUACUGACUUUGUAUACCUGUGAUAUCACUUUGUACCCUAAAAUGUAAACUCCUGAUGAUGUUGCUACAGGGAUUGUUCUUUAAGUUCUCAAAUGUUUCUGCCACUGUAACCAUGUCUGUGGAUAUUAAAAAUGCUUCCUAAGAGUUAAUUCACUGGAAAUAUUUGGUUUAUGUAUCAACUAAGGAAAUAGGUCAGCACUACAUGGAAGAUAUUUUUAAUGCCAAUAUGCUAGCAGUACUUGUCUAUACUUCAAAAUUUGGUUCAUGCUAGGCUGAUCAUGUUUUUUCUACUUAAAUCAAGGCAUUGCAGUGUGUAAUAUAGAGAUUUGUAUGUACUAUCAACUUAUCUAUUGCUCAGCUGCUGAGAGGUUAUGUGAAAACAUCUUAAGUUGGAGACAUUAAGGUCAAUUCUGAAAUGCUUUUGAUCAAAAUUCAAUUGCAGUUGGGAAGGCUGUCACAAUUUUCAGUUUAUUUAAAAGUUCGUUCUAAAGAAAUAGUUGUUUCCAAAAGUGAAUUGGCAGGUGGAAGUUUUUAACCCAAAAUAAUCCUGGGUUUUAGCACAAUAAACUGUAUUUCAUCAGGGAGGAUUAUCUUUGCUUUUUUUUUCACACUUUAUUUAAAUGUGGAUAUUUUUUCAUGAUACAAAAUAAAAUGUGCAUUUUAUGGAACUUA